AUGAUUACUGCAUCAGCCGUAGAGCUGCGGCGACUGGUAGCUGCCAUGUGGAGCCUUGGGUUUGACUGUGCCUUGCCGUGUGGGAAGGACAGUCGAAGCGACUUUGUAUUGCAGACACUGCUAAAACUGCAAUACAUUAUUAAUCCCCCUGGAUUCGCAUUUGAGGAGGGAGAUACAAACUUAUUUCUCUCCGCUUACGGUUUUCCAAGUAUGCCGGCGCGAUUGGCAGCUGCAGCAGCCACCACGGCAAAAGCAGCCAAAACACCGAAGGAAAGAUUGCAACUGUUGCAACACGCUGCUAAUUUUUUGAGCCAGGAGACAGGCAUCACCUUAGAUAUACCUGUCCUUCUCCGGGCGGACGGAGCAGCAAUUUCAGAGUUGCUCCGGCUCGCAGAACCGCUGGCUGCUGCAACGAAGGCCUCUUUAGAGACAGAGGCCAGUGUGUCACGGGAAGCUUCGUCCCUUUGCGGCAGGGCCUUGCUAGAGCAGCACAUACACGAAGCUCAGCAUGCUGUUGUUGAGACGGAAAAAAACAAUGAGGCACUCGCAUGUCAAGUCCAGGAACUGAAACGGAAAAUCCAUGCUACUGAGAGAGAUGAGGAUAGGCUCACCAAACAGUUGCUGCUGUUGCGUCGCUCUCAAGGCUCCGGAGAUACGUUAGAGGAUGAAGAGCAGCAAGAGAUGCAAGAGAAGCUCCGGCAAUUGUAUCUAGAGUACGCGCGCCGAUCGGCUGUUUGCGACACACUAAUGGCUUCAGUAGAAGAUAUUGCCAAUCGUGCUGAGGCAGCAGCUGCGCAAAACCGGCGUCGCCUUCGAGAGGCAAGGCAGCGCUGGUUAGUUGAUCAGGCUACUGCAGCUUCUGGUACCGAAGCGCAAUCAAACUGUAUCGACACCUUCUGCAGUGGAAUGUCCGAAGACAUAGGCAUGACCCUGGCAACAUCUGAGCAUAUGUGCACUGAAAGCAGCGAGCUUGACUAA